AUGCAAACAAAAUCUAAAAGGUCUCAUUUAUCAGAGGAAGAGACAGAAAUAUUUCUUAGGGAUGGUGUGUUGGUGGUUGAAGAUGCUCUGACCGAAACGGAGGUACAAGAGGCGUUGAAUGAGCUUCACAACACGCUGUCUCAGUUUGGUGUAAAAUCCUUGGAGAUCGAUGACAAGGAAUCGGCCAAAGCAUUACAAGGCCUUAGUUCGACGAAUGGGAGCGGAGGAGUUUUGGAUAUUUUCUACGAGGACUGGAAAAUGGAAAUCUCAACGAAAGCAAACAUCUUUCGUAUGACAACGCAACUGUGGAAAGCUUCACUCUUUGAUGAUUCCAAACCGAAUCACCCAUACGGAGUAUUCGAUAGCGAAAAAGGUUACGCUUAUAUCGAUCGUAUAUGCUAUCGCCUGCCAACUAGACUGUCAAAAGAGCUAGGAGAUGGAAUAAACAAGGAAAGGAAAAAGCGAGCGAGGCCGAUCCAGCGAAGUCUGACACCACAUUUGGAUUGCUGUCCCGAUAAAAUGUAUAAAGAUGUCGCAAAGUGGAGACCACUACAAUGCUUCGUAUCACUAACCGACAGUCUCGAUGCCAACACUGGAGGCUUCGAAGCUGCAAAGGGAUUUCAUGCCGAAUUUGAAACGUGGAAGUCGACUAGGCUUCCAGCUCAAGUUUCAAGAAAGGAGAAAGGUGUUGAAACUACUGUGCUGGUACCAGCAACUUGUGUUGGGGAGUACACACAUAUCCGACCAAGGGAAGAUAGAGAGGUGAUGGAACGUGUCCAGCACAUUCCAGUUAGUGCAGGUAGUGUGGUCUUCUGGGACGUCAGAAUUCCUCAUGCCAAUGCAUAUCUUCACAACGGAACGGUCCCCCGAGCUGUUGUAUACUGCUCUUUCCUCCCAGACAUUGAAUUGAAUCGAGUGUAUGUCAAGGAACAAUUGCGAAAAUACUAUGCCAAGAAGCCGAUCACAGACCAGUGGAAUGGACUCCACGGUCAGCAAUCGGACGAGGAAGAGUCACAGCAAACCAACUAUCAGUUUUCCGCCCUUGGACGGAAGCUGAUGGGCAUUGACCCGUGGUGA